GCCUCUGCGCGCUGCGCCCGAAGCGGCGGUCGGUGGCGGCGGCGGCGGCGGUAGCGGCAGCGACGGCGACGGUUUCCUGGUGGCCGCGCGCUGCUCUGUGAGCGGCGGGUGGCAGACGGACCUGGGUCCUCACCCCAGACGCACCGCGGACGCGUUUUGUCCAGGGUUCACCAGAGGGUUGAGUGAGUCGGAAAUGCAUUAGCUUUUGAAGACAGUGUCUGGCGAUUAGAGGGGUCUGGUCAACCCAGUGAAAGGUUCUUUUCUGUGCUGCCACAUGUUCGUUGUAAACCGAGCUUUCUGAAGCAAACACUUGUUUGGAAGAUGUUUAACAAAUCAUUUGGAACCCCCUUUGGGGGUGGGACAGGGGGCUUUGGCACAACUUCAACAUUUGGACAAAAUACUGGCUUUGGUACUACUAGUGGAGGAGCAUUUGGAACAUCUGCAUUUGGUUCUAGCAACAAUACUGGAGGCUUAUUUGGAAAUUCACAGACCAAACCAGGAGGAUUAUUUGGUACCAAUUCAUUUACCCAGCCAGCAACGUCCACAAGCACUGGCUUUGGGUUUGGUACAUCAACAGGAACAUCAAAUAGUUUGUUUGGAACUGCAAGUACAGGAACCAGUCUUUUCUCAUCCCAAAACAAUGCAUUUGCACAAAAUAAACCAACUGGCUUUGGGAAUUUUGGAACAAGUACCAGCAGUGGAGGACUCUUUGGAACUACAAACACCACCUCUAACCCUUUUGGUGGCACAUCUGGCUCUCUCUUUGGGCCAAGUAGUUUUACAGCAGCACCUACAGGAACCACUAUUAAAUUUAAUCCUCCCACGGGUACAGAUACUAUGGUCAAAGCUGGAGUUAGCACUAACAUCAGUACCAAGCAUCAGUGUAUUACUGCUAUGAAAGAAUAUGAAAGCAAGUCACUAGAGGAACUUCGUUUGGAGGAUUAUCAGGCUAACCGUAAAGGCCCACAGAACCAAGUGGGAGCAGGUACCACAGCUGGCUUAUUUGGGUCUUCUCCAGCAACUUCCAGUGCAACAGGACUCUUCAGCUCCUCCACCACUAAUUCAGCCUUUUCAUAUGGUCAGAACAAAACUAGUGCCUUCGGAACUAGCACAACUGGAUUUGGAACAAAUCCAGGUGGUCUCUUUGGCCAACAGAAUCAACAGACUACCAGUCUCUUCAGCAAACCAUUUGGCCAGGCUACAACCACCCAGAAUACUGGCUUUUCCUUUGGUAAUACUAGUACCCUUGGGCAGCCGAGCACCAAUACUAUGGGCCUGUUUGGAGUAACCCAAGCCUCACAGCCAGGAGGUCUUUUUGGGACAGCUACAAAUACCAGCACUGGGACAGCAUUUGGAACAGGAACAGGUCUCUUUGGGCAGCCCAGUACUGGAUUUGGUGCAGUUGGUUCGACCCUGUUUGGCAAUAACAAGCUUACAACUUUUGGAACCAGCACAACCAGUGCUCCUUCAUUUGGUACAACCAGUGGCGGGCUCUUCGGUAACAAACCAACCCUGACUUUAGGAACCAAUACAAACACUUCCAAUUUUGGUUUUGGCACAAAUAACAGUGGGAAUAGUAUUUUUGGAAGUAAGCCAGCACCUGGGACUCUGGGAACUGGACUUGGUACAGGAUUUGGAACAGCUCUUGGUGCUGGACAGGCAUCUUUGUUUGGAAACAACCAACCUAAGAUUGGAGGGCCUCUUGGUACAGGAGCCUUUGGGGCCCCUGGAUUUAAUACUACGACAGCCAUUUUGGGUUUUGGCGCCCCCCAGGCCCCAGUAGCUUUGACAGAUCCAAAUGCUUCUGCUGCCCAGCAGGCUGUUCUCCAGCAGCACCUCAAUAGUCUAACAUACUCACCCUUUGGAGACUCCCCUCUCUUCCGGAAUCCUAUGUCGGAUCCUAAGAAGAAAGAAGAGAGACUGAAACCAACCAAUCCAGCAGCUCAGAAGGCUCUUACUACACCUACUCAUUAUAAACUUACACCUCGCCCUGCCACCAGAGUCAGGCCAAAGGCUUUGCAAACAACUGGUACAGCCAAAUCACAUCUCUUUGAUGGGCUGGAUGAUGAUGAACCAUCCUUAGCCAACGGAGCAUUCAUGCCCAAGAAAAGCAUCAAGAAGUUGGUUUUGAAAAAUCUUAACAAUAGCAAUCUCUUUUCUCCUGUUAAUCAUGAUUCAGAAGAUCUAGCUUCACCAUCUGAGUACCCAGAAAAUGGAGACAGAUUUAGCUUCCUGAGCAAACCUGUUGAUGAGAACCAUCAGCAGGAUGGAGAUGAUGACUCUUUUGUAUCACGUUUUUACACUAACCCUAUUGCCAAACCCAUCCCUCAAACCCCAGAGAGUGCUGGAAACAAAAAUAACAGCAGCAGCAGUGUGGACGAUACCAUUGUUGCUUUGAACAUGCGUGCUGCUUUGCGCAAUGGACUUGAAGGAAGCAGUGAAGAAACGUCUUUCCAUGAUGAGUCAUUGCAAGAUGACCGCGAGGAAAUAGAAAAUAAUGCUUACCAUAUACAUCCAGCAGGCAUUGUUCUCACAAAAGUUGGUUACUAUACAAUUCCAUCUAUGGAUGACCUUGCUAAAAUUACCAAUGAAAAGGGAGAAUGCAUUGUUUCUGACUUCACCAUUGGUCGUAAAGGGUAUGGCUCAAUCUAUUUCGAAGGAGAUGUGAAUUUGACAAAUCUAAAUUUGGAUGAUAUUGUGCAUAUCCGAAGGAAAGAAGUUAUUGUCUAUGUAGAUGAUAACCAAAAGCCACCUGUGGGUGAAGGGCUAAAUAGAAAGGCUGAAGUUACAUUGGAUGGAGUUUGGCCAACAGAUAAAACAUCCCGAUGUUUAAUAAAGAGCCCAGAUCGACUUGCUGAUAUCAACUAUGAGGGGAGAUUGGAAGCAGUCUCAAGGAAGCAGGGAGCCCAAUUCAAGGAGUACCGACCUGAAACUGGUUCUUGGGUGUUUAAGGUCUCCCAUUUUUCUAAAUAUGGCCUUCAGGAUUCUGAUGAAGAGGAGGAGGAACACCCACCCAAAACUACUUCAAAGAAGUUGAAGACUGCCCCUUUGCCCCCUGCAGGCCAGGCAGCCACUUUCCAGAUGGCUCUUAAUGGCAAACCUGCAGCUCCACCUCAGAGCCAGAGCCCAGAAGUGGAGCAGUUAGGGAGGGUUGUGGAACUGGACAGUGACAUGGUAGAUAUCACCCAGGAGCCAGUUUUGGAUUCUGUGUUAGAAGAGAGUGUGCCUGAAGAUCAGGAGCCUGUGUCUGCUUCAACACACAUUGCAUCUUCACUGGGAAUUAAUCCACAUGUCUUACAGAUCAUGAAAGCAUCAUUGCUUGUUGAUGAAGAAGAUGUAGAUGCCAUGGAUCAACGCUUCAGUCACUUCCCCUCCAAAGGAGAUACUGCUCAAGAAAUCUGUUCUCCUAGACUCCCCAUUUCAGCCUCCCACUCAGCAAAAUCCCGCUCAAUAGUUGGUGGGUUGCUGCAGUCAAAAUUUGCAAGUGGAGCUUUUCUUUCACCAAGUGCCUCUGUGCAAGAAUCUCGCACUCCUAGAACAUCAUCUCUAAUGAAUGUCCCAUCCACAUCCCCCUGGUCUGUACCUCUGCCACUGGCCACUGUGUUCACAGUGCCCAGCCCAGCUCCUGAGGUUCAGCUGAAAACAGUGGGGAUACGCAGGCAACCAGGCCUAGUUCCUCUUGAAAAAUCUGUUACAUAUGGCAAGGGGAAACUUUUGAUGGACAUGGCCCUAUUCAUGGGACGUUCCUUUCGGGUUGGUUGGGGCCCCAACUGGAUUCUUGCUAACAGUGGAGAACAACUACAUGGUUCCCAUGAACUGGAAAGUCAGCAGGUUGCCGAUUCGAUGGACUAUGGAUUCCUACCCAAUCCAGUAGCUGUUAAAUCUCUAUCUGAAUCCCCAUUCAAAGUUCAUUUGGAAAAACUCGGUUUGAGACAAAGGAAGCUGGAUGAAGAUCUGCAGUUAUACCAGACGCCUCUGGAGCUCAAGUUAAAACAUAGCACUGUGCAUGUAGACGAGCUGUGUCCUCUUAUUGUCCCCAACCCCGGGGUCUCAGUCAUUCAUGAUUACGCAGAUUGGGUUAAGGAGUCACCCAGAGAUCUGCUAGAAGUACAGAUUGUGAAGCACUGGAGCCUGACGUGGACAUUAUGUGAAGCCCUAUGGGGCCACCUGAAGGAGCUUGACAGCCAGCUGGAUGAGCCCACUGAAUACAUUCAGGUUCUGGAGCGAAGAAGAGCUUUUUCCCGAUGGCUGUCCCGUACUGCUGCACCCCAGAUUGAAGAGGAAGUUUCCUUAACCCGAAGAGACAAUCCCAUAGAAGCUGUCUUCAGCUACCUCACAGGCAGUAGGAUUAGUGAGGCCUGUUCUCUGGCACAACAGUCAGGUGAUCAUCGCCUUGCUCUUCUUUUGUCUCAGUUGGUGGGUAGCCAGUCAGUCCGAGAGCUGCUCACCAUGCAGUUAGCCGAUUGGCAUCAGCUCCAGGCUGACUGCUUCAUCCAGGAUGAAAGGUUGCGCAUAUUUGCCCUGUUAGCUGGAAAACCGGUGUGGCAACUCUCAGAACAGAAGCAAAUCAAUGUGUGCUCCCAGCUGGAUUGGAAACGUGCACUUGCUGUCCAUCUUUGGUAUUUGCUUCCACCAACAGCCUCCAUUUCCAGGGCUCUCAGCAUGUAUGAAGAAGCAUUUCAGAAUACUUCAGAAGGUGAUAAGUAUGCCUGCUCCCCUCUUCCUUCAUACCUGGAGGGUUUGGGCUGUGUGGUAGAGGAAGAAAAGGACACACGGAGACCACUUCAGGAUGUUUGCUUCCAUCUCCUAAAACUCUAUAGUGACAGACAUUACGAUCUCAAUCAGCUUUUGGAACCUCAAAGUGUAACUGCAGAUCCUUUGGACUACCGCCUAAGCUGGCACCUUUGGGAAGUGCUGCGGGCUCUUAACUAUACCCAUCUGUCUGAACAAUGUGAGGGUGUGCUACAGGCCAGUUAUGCUGGCCAACUGGAAAGUGAAGGGCUAUGGGAGUGGGCCAUUUUUGUCUUCCUACACAUUGAGGACUCAAGCCUGCGUGAGAAGGCUGUUCGUGAGCUGCUUACCCGGCACUGCCAGCUGUCAGAGACCCCUGAGUCCUGGGCUAAGGAGGCUUUCCUUAUGCAGAAGCUCUGUGUGCCUGCUGAGUGGAUUCAUGAGGCCAAAGCAGUUCGAGCACACAUGGAAUCCAAUAAGCACUUGGAGGCCCUCUAUUUAUUUAAAGCUGGCCACUGGAACCGCUGCCACAAACUUGUUAUCCGGCACCUCGCUUCUGAUGCUAUUAUCAACGAAAACUAUGACUACCUGAAAGGGUUCUUAGAAGAUCUGGCACCUCCAGAGCUUAGCAGCCUAAUUCAGGACUGGGAAACAUCUGGGCUUGUUUACCUGGAUUAUAUUCGAGUAAUUGAAAUGCUCCACCGUAUUCAGCAGGUGGAUUGCUCAGGUUAUGAACUAGAGCACUUACACACCAAAGUGACUUCACUGUGCAACCGGAUAGAGCAGAUUCCAUGUUACAAUGCCAAGGACCGCCUGGCUCAGUCAGAUAUGGCCAAACGUGUAGCCAACUUGCUUCGGGUAGUGCUGAGCCUGCAGCACGCUCCUGAUGCCACCUCCAACUCAACACCAGACCCUCAACGAGUCCCUUUGCGUCUGUUGGCUCCCCACAUUGGCAGGCUCCCCAUGCCUGAGGACUAUGCCUUGGAGGAACUUCGUGGCCUUACACAGUCCUACCUGCGAGAACUGACAGUUGGGAGCCAGUGACCCUAGCUCUUGCCAUCACACUCAUGCCCAUUCAUACUCACACACAGCAGUUUCUAGCAUUGUUUUAAUUGACAGUUUUCCGAUUUCGGGGUUGAUGUGGAAUCCUCCCUCCCCUUCUGCUGCCCUAAGCAGCAUCCACUAGUUGUUCAGGGUUUCCUAAUACUGAACAUAGCAUACAAGGGCUUUUAGAACAACAACAACAAAAAACAACAAAACAAAACCAGGUCUCCAUUUGCCAACUUCAAGACUAUUCAAUUUCUCUUUCUUUUGAAAAAUUGUCAAUAAAACCUCUUUGGCAGAACCUCCAAAAAAAACGGAAUUCUUUUCCACACCAAGUUCUGAGUCUUGUGACACACACACCCUAUGCCAACGUCUAACCUGCUCUGCUGCGGCUCUUCUGUGUCACUGCUGUUUGAAAAGACUGAGACAAAUGACAAAUGUCUGGUAGAUGACCGUCCAUCCCUGAUGCUUGUCCCUGAAGAUUUCUUAACAAUGAGUAUGGGAGUCAAAAGAGGGUUGGACCUUGUUCUUUGACACAUUGAAGAUAGAAGGGCUGUCUGCUAUGGAAGCAGAGAUCUUAAAGGCUCUUUUGUUCAUGCCUCGUAUAUCCUAUGGACACUAUACCUGCCCUACUAUCAUGUGCAGUGGCCUCAAACCACAGAAAAUGUGUCUCUGGGAAGCUCCUGAUUUAUCAGUCAUCUUCCUGGAUUUGCCAGAGGAGUUUGGAUGAAGAAUGUGAAAGGUGUUCCUCUCAAUCCUCCCAUUUAGCCAAGACCAUUUCCCACCUUUCACCCACACUCCCAGAAGGUAAAACUGUCACUAAGACAGGUCUGGUUGGGCCCUGGGGGCAGGUAGAAGGCCUUCACCACAUUGCUGCUGGCUGUGGGGAGUCCCAGGCUCUGGCCUGAGACAGCUGAUAUUUGGGGCUGUCACAGACAAUAUGGCCACCCCUGGGUCUUUAUGCAUGAAGAUUAUGUAAAGGUUUUUAUUAAAAAAAUUAUAUAUAUAUAAAUGAUCUAGAUUAUUUUCCUCUUUCUGAAGCUACUUUCUUAAAAAAAAUAAAAUGAAAUGUUUAUAGUA